AAUUAGUAAAAUCUGCAUUAGAAAAAUCUGUCAAUGUUAGGAAAAGAUUGAUCAUUAUAUUAUUAAAUUACAAACAUGCCGUCUUGUAGAAUCAUUGAGUCAUAUAUAAUUGUGCUUAGUCAUUAGUAGAAGUUACAAAACGCAUAGCGUUUCGAUUCAUCGAGUAUAAUAAUUGAUUCAUUUAAAUUCAUUCCUGUUGUCGACUGGAAUCUUCCUAUUUCUUCGUCAUUUUUUGAUUAAUUAUAAGAUUUGUGAUAUGAACGCAAAUGAUAAUGAAUUAAUGGAGCAAUACGAACCUUCUGUUAAAAAUAUAAUUGAUCAACGAUCUUUACGAUGGAUUUUUGUCGGCGGCAAAGGUGGAGUUGGGAAAACAACAUGCAGUUGUUCUCUUGCUGUUCAAUUGUCAAAAGUAAGAGAGAAUGUUCUUAUUAUUUCUACGGAUCCAGCUCAUAAUAUUUCUGAUGCCUUUGAUCAGAAAUUUAGUAAAGUACCAGUCCAAGUUAAAGGUUUUAAUAAUUUAUUUGCAAUGGAAAUUGAUCCUAAUGUUGGUAUCACCGAACUGCCUGAGGAAUACUUUGAAAACGAAGCAGAUGGAGAUGCAAUGAGAUUAAGUAAAAGUGUUAUGCAAGAAAUUGUUGGUGCAUUUCCUGGUAUAGAUGAAGCAAUGAGUUAUGCUGAAGUCAUGAAAUUGGUCAAAGGAAUGAAUUUCUCGGUAGUGGUAUUUGAUACUGCACCUACUGGUCAUACGUUGAGAUUAUUGUCAUUUCCACAAGUGGUUGAAAAGGGAUUAGGAAAACUGUUGCUUUUAAAAAUGAAGAUUGGUCCUUUUAUUAGACAGCUUAGUUCUUUACUGGGAAAUACUGAUUUCAAUAUGGAUAGUUUUUCAAGUAAAAUGGAAGAUAUGUUAACAAUUAUUCGCCAAGUCAAUGAACAGUUUAGAAAUCCGGAACAAACUACAUUCGUUUGCGUAUGCAUAGCUGAAUUUUUAUCACUUUAUGAGACAGAAAGACUUGUACAAGAAUUAACGAAAUGUGGUAUAGAUACACAUAAUAUUAUAGUGAAUCAAUUGCUUUUUCUAAAGGAAGGAGUCGUUCCAUGUAAACUUUGUCUUGCACGACACAAAUUACAGGAUAAAUAUUUAGAACAGAUUGUGGACCUCUAUGAAGAGUUCCACAUCACGAGAUUACCUCUCCUGGAAAGAGAGGUGAGGGGAACUCAGCAAAUAAAAGAGUUCUCCGAAAACCUUAUUAGGCCGUAUAGGCCUUAAUGUAAACGUUAUUGCGAUUAUAAUACGUAUAAUCGCAAUAUAAAUGUGAAUAGGAUUAUAAUAGAUGUAAUCAGACAUAUAAUCAGAUAAGUUGACAAUUCAGUUCUCAUAAUGCAUAAAUGUCUAUACAAAUUUAUUUCUACUUCCAUUAUUCUAUAUUAUAAUAAUCUGAUAAAUUCACUUUUGUAAUCCUAAUUGUAAGUAACGUACAAAUAAAUCCAACGUCUAAAUGUAAUAGGUAAUAAAUGUGCAAUACCGUUUGCGCUUUCUCUAUUAUUUUUGUGAAGUGUAUUUUACGAAUAUUUAUUUUUUAAAAAAUAAUGCAUUGAUUGCAAAUAUAUAGUUCGUAAGACGAAUAGUUUGAAUAAGCUUCGAAUAUCGUGAAUGAUAUAUUCAAAACACUUCACAAAAAUAGUCGAGAGUGCGUCGAAAAAUAUCCAUUUAAAAGAUAUUAGUUACAUAGAACAUGGUAUAUGCAUUUUCUUUUUUAUAUUGUAUUAUUACGAUUAAUAACCGAUUUCGAUUUUUAUCUGUUGAAUUUAUAUUCUUACAAUAAGACAACAGUAUUAUUUUCUCAUUUCAAGUAUGUAUGAUGUACAAUGACAGAAAUUGAAUGGAAUUUUAUUUUCAAUGAGAAAUAUUUGUUGAAUAUACUUUUAUAAGAAAAAAAUAAAAAAAUAAGAAAAAUAAGAUAUAAGUGACUAUAUACUUCUGAUUUAAAUAACAUAACAUUAUAUUCUGUUAUAUCAUAGAAACGAAAAUUGUAGAAUUUAUUGUACUAAUGUGUACACAAAUUGUUGGCUAAUCCUUUUUAUCGCGAAAUCCUUUCAUUUUUUUUUUUUUUUUUUUUUUUUUGCAGCCAGCACUGGUACAAUUGGAUUUCCUUUACUUCUGAAAUUAUGAGCUUGACCUGUCUUUGAUAAAGGUGACAAUGUAUGAAAUAUACGAUCAUUAGAAAAAAUUUGAUGCACGAAUUUUGGCUAAGUACAUCAAUUCGAAAAUACUAGUGCCUCAGGUUUCAAUCUUUCUUUUUUAAAAGUUUCUAUAGUAGCACACAUUAUAACAAUAACUUUGUCACCCUCAUCAUUAUCAAUAGCUUGUAAUACUAGUGCAACAAAAUCUGUUGGAUCAGUUUCUGUAGCUACUACUUUCCAUGCUUCCUUGCUAAAAAAUGGUAGUCUUUGAUCAUUAAUAUGUUGUGAAAGUUUUCACUCCUUUCUUGAAUUAAUGAUUGAAGAGAUCCUGGUGUUGGUUCCUUUUUGCAUUCUUUGAUUAACGAUAAUAACAAAAAUAUUAAUAG